UUUCCCUCACUUGCAGUGACAGUCCUCGGGCACAGGCAUGAGGUCCGCCGCCGCCGCCGCCUUUCCGAUCCUGAUCUGCUGCGGAUUUAUUGCAUGCAGAGCCUCGUCGUUCUGUCCGAGCGGACAGUUCAUGCUGAAGGGCCAGUGUGUCCUCUGCCAUCCCACCUGCUCCGAGUGUGACGGACAUGAGCUGUUUGAAUGCACGACCUGUGGAGUUGAUGAAGAUGGACAGGAACAUUUCCUUCACCAAGGUCGCUGUCGGACACAUUGCCCUCGGGGACUCUAUCCUGACAGGGGUCACUACGUGUGCAUGCCCUGCAUCGCCAAUUGUGAACUCUGCACAGAUGGCUACAUAUGUGCCAAAUGUCGGGAACACUACAAACUUAAGAAUGGUGUCUGCCAAACGGCGUCCUGUGACAAAGGACAGGUGCAGGACCCAGACACGGGUGAGUGCAUUGACUGUGUGAUGGGCUGCAAAACAUGUUCCACAGAAAACCCCGAGAACUGCAACAGCUGUGGUGAAGGUUACUUUCUUUUCAGACACCAGUGUCGCAGACAUUGUCCACAGGGCACCUAUGAGGACGGGGGCAGGGGUGUGUGUCUGUUCUGCCCAGCCCCAUGCACAGAUUGCAGGAGUGACACCAGCUGCCUCGCCUGCCAACCAGAUUAUUUCCUCAAUGGAGGCGAGUGCAUUAAACAGUGCCCUCAGCAGACCUACAGUGACUCCAGUGGGUGGCACUGUCAGCCUUGCCACAGCUCAUGCCUCACGUGCCUUGGACCUCGUUCAACGGACUGUGAGCUUUGUCUUGGUGGAAACCCUUCUCUUCAUGGACAGUGUCCUCUAGUCAACUGUCCACCGGGACAGUACUUUGACGAAGAUGGGACCUGCAGACGCUGUCCUCCCCACUGUGACGUCUGCUCAGAUGACGGGGCCUGUUACAAGUGCAGUUUCCUCUAUUUGAUGCUGAAUGGUGUGUGUAAAGCUAGUUGCCCUGUGGGGUAUUAUGAGGAUAUGGAGGAGGGCCGCUGUGGUCAGUGUCACCCUACCUGUGCCACCUGUGCAGGGCCCUUGGCAGAUGACUGUGAGACCUGCUCAACAUUUAGCCCCAAACUCUACAAGGGUGCAUGCUUCAAAGACUGUGUGACUGGUACUUACUAUGAACCUGAAGCCAUGGAAUGUCAAGAAUGCCACCAGACUUGCACGACGUGUUCCGGCUCUGAUGCAAACCAGUGCACUCAGUGCGAGAAGGGACUCGUGCUGGAUCCAAACACAUUGAUGUGUGGUGUGACGAGUGACACGGACUGUCCACCUGGGACCUACCUACACGAUGACCAGUUCACCUGUAUGGGUUGCUACAGGCACUGUUACUCCUGUGAUGGGCCAGGGAACAACGAAUGCAACACUUGUGUCGUACCAAACUACCUCCAUAACAGCACAUGUGUUAGCGAGUGUCCAGACGGAACGUACAAAUCGAGACAGGAUGUGGAUGGGAAGGAGCUUGGACUCUGUCUACCCUGUAACCACGUCUGUUCCACCUGCGACGGAGCUUCACCGAGAGAUUGCCAAUCCUGUUCUCCAGGACACCUGCGACUCCUGCAUCUCUGUGUCACUCACUGUCCCACAGGAUAUUUCAAAGAGGGCUCCCACUGUGAGAAAUGUGACCGGUCCUGUGAGGGGUGCACAGGACCAGGUCCUGAUUCCUGCAGGGCCUGUCCUCCACCUCUUCUGGAGCUGCAAGGCACAAAGUUGUGUGUUCAACACUGUCCACAACGCUUCUAUCCACACAAUGACGGAUGUCAACAGUGCCACACCAGCUGUGAGACAUGCAUUGAAGCCUCACCUCAAAGCUGCCUCACAUGUGACAGGGGCAGCAUUUUAAAGGACAAAGUCUGCUAUCCACGCUGUGAGGAGGGCCGCUACUUUUCGUCUGAGGAAACCUGUGAGCCAUGUGACGACUCAUGUAGGCACUGUACUGGCCCCAGACCUGACCAGUGUCUUACGUGUCACCCUGACUCUGCUCUUCAUGCUGUGGAGAACCGCUGUGCCCGCUGCUGUCAGGCUGCUGUCAAUGACACUGACUGCUGUGUUUGUGACAGCCGCUCAGCUCUGUGUGUGGAGGCUCCCCACCCCAAAUCAGGAGUUGGCCAGGGAAUGGACCUAAAUAUGUCCUCCAGAGGUGUAAAUCACACCCCUGCAGCCUUGCCUAUUUCCCUAUUGCUAGCACUGGGGUUGGCUCUGGCUGUGUUCGCCUUGGUCAAAGCUCAUGCUCGGAAAAGGUUGUGUUGGGGCCAAAGCUAUGAAAGACUGAGUGGCAGCGCCAGCAUCAACAUGCCCCAUGGUGUGCCUGAGCCGGACAGUGGAGACGAGGCGGAUGUGGUGUACACCAGUAGAGGUGGCUCAGUGUAUCGACGCUACAGCUUCAUCCAUGAGCAGGACAAUGAGGCGGACCAGGAUGUGGAUGAGAGCACUUGUCUAAAUCAAUCUUAAAUACAAUCCAAACCAGAACUUACAAUAGGUCCUGAAGUAAGGAGUGGCUUGUGGAUGUACACUAUUAUCAAGACUGACAGGUGAAUUCAAAGACGUGUAGUAGCCUAACUACGAUGUAUCUAUGUAGUUUUCUUUUUCAGCUUUUUGUGUUUUUGUUUUAUUCUACAAAGUGCCUGUAUCUUUACAAUGCACAUGACCUUCAGUAGUAAAGGUCAACCGACAUCGGUUUUUCUAUAGCCGACACCGAUGUUAAUGAGUCAGGGUUAGCCGAUGGCCGAAAUAUGCUUUUUUUUCCUUUUUCUGUUGAUUAACAAACAGAUUGCUUACAAACUAAAUUAUCACAAUCUAAAAGAAUAAAAAAAAACAAUAAAAUAGCUUUGUUGUGUUACACAGCCUUGUAUGGGCCAUGCAAACCAUCUGUGACAGAUAGACCAGAUUUAGUGAUGAAGCAAACUGUGCAAAAAAAAGUCUUGCACUCUUUAUCGCGGCAUCUGACAUACCAUUUGAUCCUCCGCAGUAGCAAAUAAACCUUAUCAUAUCUCUGUGAGGAGAGCACGUCUGCUGUCUGUGAUCGGGGCAGAGUAACGCAUCUCUCACUCACGCCGUGUUCGUGUGAGCUGCUCCACAAAGAGUGAAAUUCUGCGACUAUGACAAAAGUGUAGUUUAUGUAUCAAGAUGGGACAUUUUUAUCGUUUGGCAGCGACGACGUCGGAGGUCAACAGGUCAAUUUUUUUUAACGCUGGCUCAGAACUUAUAAAUAAAAAAACAUUUUCUGUCUCACGGAACACAUUUUAAAAACAUUUGAGAAUUGAAAUUCUAAAUGAAUGAGUCAUUUAGAAUUUGAAAAUAUAUUUUAUCCGUCAAGCGACAAUGUCGGAGGUGCCAUCCAUCAAUAACACUGGGCUGCCUGCGGACGCGCCUGACUGUAAAUCAACGUACUUUUUUAAUCCAUCGGCCGAGCGAUUUAUCGGUCGACUAUUCAGUAGUUAGUUGUAGGCAACUGGACUUGCUUGAGUAACAUGUGAAGACAUUUCACCACCUCUCAUCUGAGAGUAGAAGCCUCUUGAGAACCUUCUAGGUCAAAUUUACAUGACAUUGUGUACGAAUAAAUCCAUAUAUUUGUGUAUACAGUA